UUUUUCUUCUCUUCUUGUCAGAGCGAUUGAUUGUUCUUCAUUCCCUACCACAAUUUCCGAUCGACAGUUUAUUCUUCAGAUUCUGUUAGUGGAAAAUACCUUCAAAAAUCCUGAAAGAUGAAAAUCAUUCGCAAGGAUUUUGUUCGUAAUGGACCCGGAAGCGUUAAGAUGAUGGCAGAGGACUCGGAUGAUCUCUGGUAUACUUAUAACCUGAUUGGCCCGGAGGAUAGUGUAAUGGCUAUCACUUUCAGAAAAGUUGGUGGUGAAGGAAGAGACUCGACUCCAUCGCUAAGUCGAAUAGAAAGCAAAUACCUUGGAAAGAAAAGAUCUUUCACCCGGACUGAACGUGUUAAACUUAAGCUAGAAGUACAAGUUGAGGAGGUGGACUAUGACAAAGACGGCGAUGUUAUGCGCAUACGCGGGAAGAAUAUCAUGGAGAACGAGCAUGUAAGGAUUGGUGCAUUCCAUACUUUGGAGAUUGAGCUUAAACGACCUUUUUUAUUGAGAAAGGAAAAUUGGGACUCACUGGCUCUUGAUACACUCAAGCAGGCCUCAGAUCUUGCAGCUAGUGCUGAUUUAGCUGUAGUUCUAAUGCAAGAAGGACUGGCACAAAUCUUCCUUGCCGGCAAAAGUGUAAAAAGUUGCGGUGCACGAAUAAAAACAUCGAUUCCUUGGAAGCAUGGAGCUGGAACGGCUGGUUACGAGUCAGUUUUGAAGAAAUUCUUUGAGAAUGUUGUGCAAGCCUUUCUGAAACACGUUGACUUCAGUGUGGUUCGAUGCGCAGUGAUUGCAAGUCCCGGGUUUACAAAAGAUCAGUUUCAUCGCCACCUAUUGUUGGAAGCAGAGAGAAGACAGUUGAGACCUAUUCUUGAGAACAAAUCACGUUUCAUUCUGGUGCACACAAACUCAGGAUAUAAACAUAGCCUAAGCGAGGUUUUGCAUGACCCUAACGUGAUGAAUAUGAUCAAAGAUACUAAAGCAGCAAAAGAGGUCAAAGCUCUCAACGAUUUCUUCACCAUGUUUUCGAAUGAUCCAAAUAGAGCAUGUUAUGGACCAAAACAUGUGGAAGUUGCUCAUGAACGAAUGGCAAUCCAAACACUUCUCAUUAUAGAUGGGCUAUUUAGGAACUCUGACGUGAAAACAAGGAAGAAGUAUGUGGAUUUUGUGGAGUCGGUGAAAGAUUCAGGAGGAGAGGUUUUUAUAUUUUCGUCAAUGCAUGCUUCAGGGGAACAACUAGCACAGCAUACUGGAAUUGCAGCUAUUCUUAGGUUCCCUUUACCAGAUCUAGAAGACAUUGAGAUGUAA